UAAAGAUAGCGUGGAUUUUACCUCUAGCGUAGAAGCCAUUUUGCAUCCGUGUAUAGUAAAUAGAAAUUUAUUGCUUUUUUGCGCUUAAAAAUGCCGCGGAAGAAAUCUGAAGACUUUUACAGGACCCACGGGUUCACUGCGAACUUCAAGAACGGCAAAUACUCGGCCACAUGCCAUAAUUGCGACAGGGUCCUCCAAAACACCGCGCUUUCCCGUCUAUCGUUACAUAGGCAAACCUGUGAUGCGAAGCAAAGUAGAUGUCCUGUAAUAUUGAAAGACGAGGACGUUAGUCCCAGGAUCAAGAUCCAGAAAAUUUCAGACGACGACGAUGACACCGAGGGCAAGGAAAUUAUUGUUAAGAUCCAACAAAUUCUGGACGAGGUUAAUGAGGCGGAGACGGCCAAGUCCCAGCCCAGAAUAAAAACUGAGAUUCGCAAGACGAAAUCGUCUAAAAAUGAAGACGCGGAAGAGCAAAAUCUGGAAUUUGAAAUCUCAAAUGUGGAGAUACCAAGCCGCGACUACGUUGAGUAUAUGGACGAAAGCAAGGAGCAUUACAUAUUGCAGCACAAUCCGGAUGAUUUGGCCAAUGGGACGGCGACUAUCGUCGAAGCCAGGCCAAGAAACAAUUUGGCCACCCUGAGAGCGGAAAAGGAUCGAGCCGUGAUCAAACAAUACCAGAGCAAGACCCAGUUUCUGAAAACUGAAACGGAGAACCUGAAGCUGGAGCGCACUCUAACUUUGCUUCGGAUUCAGAAACUGCGAUUGGAAAUCGACGCUCUACGCGCCUAAAAUUAAUUUUAAUUUUAUAGCCUUCAUCAUAACGAACAAUUUGUAAAUGUCCGGACAGCGACCUUUUUGUUAUACAUAUGUUUGUAUAUCGAAAGAUGUCUGUUUUAAAAUUAUAUGUUUUUAAUGUCUUAUCAUUUUGUAAAGUGAAAUACAGAAUAAAUUAGUUUAAGCAGCAUGUACUUUCAAUAAAUAUUAGAAGAAAUUAAAAACAAA